AUGACCGAGGUGGAGUUCGAAUGGAAUGAAUCUAAACUUCGAUUACUGUCUGAUAUUCUUUCGGAAAAUGUACAAAAAUAUGUGAAACUAGAAUCGAUUGAAUUAGAGGCAAAAACAAGAUCAUUCACAGACGAUUCGGAUAAAGAUGGUGUGGAAGAGGAGUUUCAGAGACUACUUAACAACUCUUUCGAUCCUUUGAUGGAUUAUAAAGAACACCAAAAAGUAAAAGAAGAAAUUCCAUCUCCGAAAAAAGAACAAUUUCAAUGGCUAUCCAGUUGGAAACGAGUAGCUGGAAAAUUAGCAAUUUCCUAUGUUGAUAAAACGUCCAACACAAUCAUAUUCCGUCGCCUCCAAGUCCUUCCAAAUGUGCUACCUAUUCUGGUGAUUGCUCAUACUAGUCCUCGGAAUGUGAUCAUUAUUUACGGAAAAAGAAGGAAUUCGAAAGAGGAAUUUGAUUUACAAACUGUUCUUCGUCACUCCUACAGUAACAUUCCAGAUGGAAGUUUGCAGACAAUACACUUCCUCACUAAGAAUCUUCUGGAUCUCUAUUCCCAAUUGUUUUCAAGACAAAUCGCUCCUUCCUUCAAAACGAAACACUUUCGAUGCCUACCAUCUCUCUGCCUACAGUACGAUAUUCUUGGACCGAUUCUGGAUAAAGUAGAAGGCGUUCCAAAACCUGAUACAACAGAUGUUUCUCUGGACGAAGCCACUUCUAAUUGGGUGCAUCGAAAAUGGGAUAACUAUCAAUACCUGACCUACCUGAACAGGAUAACUGGACGAGUUAGACAAGAGGUUCCUAAUCAUCCAAUCUUCCCGUGGGUGUGUGAUUUCUCAUCGCAGAAUUCUGGAUUUCGCCCGUUGAACCGAACGAAAUAUCGGUUGUGUAAAGGAGACGAUCAGUUGAGAGAAAUGUAUUCUCGAGAGCCAUCCCAUCAUGUUCCAGAACUUCUUUCUGAUAUUGGCUAUAUGGUUUAUCGUGCUCGAGUGGAGCCGAAAGAGAAUCUUUGCCGACACGUUCGCCGAAAAUGGGUUCCAGAAGAGUAUCCAUCCACAAUGAGUAGAAUGUUCCAGUGGACGCCAGAUGAGUGUAUUCCCGAAUUCUAUGAUGAUCCAUUAGUUUUCACUUCUCGUCAUGCGGAUAUGUCGGAUUUACAAUAUCCAGAUUUUGUGUCUUCCCCACAAGAAUUCAUAAAAUGGCAUCGUGAAAUGCUGGAACACGAGGAGGUUUCCAUGAAUCUCCACAGAUGGAUCGAUCUGGUUUUCGGGUUUAAUCUCUCCAUCGAAAACAGCAAAAAUUCUCUGAAUCUUCAUCUCUGCUUCGUAGAGAAAAAUCGUCGUAGAUUAAGAACAAAUGGAAUGGUUCAGUUGUUUACGAGACCACAUCCGUCAAGAAUGCCAUUGAAUUAUAAUCCGAAAUCGGAUUCUUAUUAUCUUCAAAUGGAUUCGUUUGGUUAUGGAAUGGAGAAACAAGAAAAAGAUUCAACAGAAUGGAGAGAAUUCGAUGAAGAGAGUCAUCAACAGAUAUUUCAAAAAAUCAAGGAAAUCCGAGUGAGAAGGCUCCGCCACAAAACAUACUUCUCAUCUAUGGUAUCCUUAAUAGAAGUUAUUGCUCAGAUAGUAGUCGCUCCUCAUUUAGCCGGAAGAUUCGAUGAUCAGGAUCAUAUUCGCCACUGUCUUCGUCAAUUUUCAUAUCGGGUACCUGUGAACUAUCGAAAACUUUUCGAUUUUCUGUUGAAUCCAAAACAAGACUUUCCGGAUUGUGACGAAUUUUCAUUUUUUGUCAGCGUCUGCCUGAAUAUUCCAACUAAGAUUUCAAAUUUCUCAGAAGAAUUUGCGAAAUGUGUAUCACUGCACUCGCUGCGAAAAUUGGAUGUGAUUCCUCCUUUUUCAAAACGCGCUCAAUUGCUACUGAUCAAAGAGCUGGACAGCCUUAAAAAGUCGAUCCGUCUUUGCGAUCAUAUGGAAACAUGUGUCGUUGCGGCAUUCCGACAAUUAUUAGAAGACGAAGAAGCUUGUAUUCAAGCAGUUCACAAAUUGAUGCCAGUUAUCACACGAAGCUUGAGUCAAUCUGCAUUAGAGGAUCUGAUCAAUCCAAUGAUAGAGUUGAUACAAUGUGAAACUUCAGUGAAGGUAGAUUUUGAGUUAUCUAGUUUACGGAAGUUCGAAUAUUUCCAGCUCCUCGAUCGUCGCUUCCUGAUGCACGUGUCUAUUUGUUAUGGAACCCACACUUUCUUGGAUCUCUUUCUUCCUCCAAUCGUUGAAGCAUGCGCUUCUUUGAAUCCUGAUCGAUCGGUGGUAGCAAAAGAAAGUAUCAUGUGGUUGGCAAAACGUUAUGGUCCUGUGAUAUGUGCCAAAUUCAUCUCAUCCAACGUCCUCCGAAUCAUGGCUAGUUGUUACGAGGGGUUCGAAUUAGUAGGACUGGAUCAAGUACCAAAAGUUGUGUUCGGCGUAGUUCUUCAAGGCGACGAAACUUGCUCUCGAAUUGAAUCCCUACUUUCUGAAAUCGUGCUGACCUACAGUGUCACAUUCAUCACUGUUCAAUUCCUUCCAUUCUGUGUUGACCUGAUUGAGCAGUUCCAUAAACGUCCGUCAGUUCAACUCGAGCCUGGAUUGGUUUCCGUUUUCCGAAUAGUUGAACUCUCAAUACGAUCCAUGUCUGAUCAUCAACUCAUGAAUUAUUUAGAGGUAAUUUUAAAUAAAAUAUCUCUAAAUAGCUUCAAUACUUUCGUUCAGGAAUUCAUAAUUCAAAAAGUGAUCUAUCGAGUGCUCACGAUCCUUCUCAAUUCAAGUUUCCAGUUCUCCACAACGAGAGUUCGCAACAUCAUCAUCUGCAAGGUCUGUCAAUUACUACACUCGAUUACCCAGAAAAUUGGAACCGAGAACACACGCAUCUACGCCAGCCAACCAUUCAAAUUGAUUUUCUCGACGUUCAGUGAAAUUUACGAUACGAAUGAAGAGCUAAGGAUCAUUCUCAGAAAACGAUCCCCUGAAAACACCCUAUAUGAAGUUCCUCUAUUCAUGGUAGAAGACGUCGUUGAUAAAUUUGCCAGAGAGUGGGGAGUUCCAUUCUUGUCUUCUUUUUGUGACGAUCCUGCAUUCCUCAUUCCAUUCGUUUCGAAUGCAGCUUCAUCAUCGCCGAAUAUGCCAAUCGCACACUCACCACCAUCCACGUUCCCAGCAUAUUCUCUAGGAGGCAUGUCUUCUGGAAAUCGACUGUUUUCGCUGUCUGCAUCGAGUCCCGUUAAUUCUGUGAACAGUUUAGGAGGAUUGAGUCUUUGUGAUUCCGGAUCGUUGAGCUCAGUCUGGUGUGCUAGAAUUUCUGCGGCUGUUUGUGGAGUAGACAAUUAUCGUUUUGAUCACCUCUCCCUCUGCAACUUCACUGGGCAUCAAGAAAGAAUCAGAAGACUUGCAGCGAUUUCCAACGAGAAUUCUUUCGUAUCAGCAUCUUCUGAUAAGACAGUCAAGUUAUGGUCCAUAAAACCAGAACAAGAUGAAAUCGGGUGCCAAUGGACGUAUCAAAAUCACAAUCGAUCUGUACAUGACGUGGCGAUUCUUGCGGAUAACUCAAUUGCUUCUACUGACGGCUCACUUCAUGUUUGGGAUCCAUUUCGGACUACACUAUUGGCACAACUAGAAUGGGAUUCAUCGAAAGAAGGAAAUGGGGGGAACAUAAUGAGAAUUGAGAAUGUGGAUAGACAUAUUCUCGCGGCGAUUUGCAGUCUACACUCUACGGUGAAACUGUUUGAUAGUCGAGUUGGUGGAUGGACGUGUGAGCUGAAAGUGUCGCCGGGACCAGGUCUCACUAGGUCACUGACAGUCAGAGAUAAUGGAAACAAAAUGGCAGUGGCACUUUCAAACGGAACUCUCGCGAUUCUUGAUGCGCGAAACGGGAAGAUCAACGCUUUGGCGCAAACGAAUUCCACGCACACCGUCUCGGUUAAUUGGCUUUCUGACACCGGCCUACUUGUAUGUGAUGCCGACGAAUGUGGUGUUAUCCUUGAAACCAAUCCCCGCGCGCAUAUCGUCCGAAAACUUCAAGAUCCCGUAACAGCUGCGGUUAUAACGGACAACUCGCUGGUCACUCUUCAGAAUGGUUCGAUGCUCAGAGUGUAUCGAAACAGUGGAGAGCUUCAAAUAGAGACGAAGAUCCGUCCCGACGAGUUACCAGGCACUCCCACCGCCGUUUUGCCCCUCCCACUCAAUUGCUCUUAUUUGAUAGGCUCGAGUCACGGAGCCAUUCGUUUAAUGUGUUGA